GUUCGGCUAUUUCCGCCGCCGGUUCGGGCGGACUCGGCGCCCGCCGGCCUCGCUCGCUCCGGUAACGGUCGGUGCGGGUUCAAAUGAGCCGCGGUCGGGCCGGGCCCCGCCGUGACUCGCUCUGAGCCGGGCCGGCACCGGGGCCGCCCCGCUCGGGCUCGGCGACGAGGAGGCGGAGGCCGGGGAGAGCAGGAUGACGGUGCUGCAGGAACCCGUCCAGGCUGCUAUCUGGCAAGCACUGAACCACUACGCGUAUCGCGAUGCCGUGUUCCUCGCAGAAAGGUUAUAUGCAGAAGUACACUCAGAAGAAGCACUGUUUUUACUGGCAACGUGUUACUACCGCUCAGGAAAGGCCUACAAAGCGUACAGGCUCCUAAAGGGACACAGCUGUACCACCCCACAGUGUAAAUACCUGCUUGCAAAAUGUUGUGUGGACCUCAGCAAGCUUGCGGAAGGAGAGCAGAUCUUGUCUGGUGGAGUGUUGAAUAAACAGAAAAGCCAUGAUGACAUUGUUAUGGAGUUUGGUGACUCUGCAUGCUUUACACUCUCCUUACUGGGACAUGUCUACUGCAAGACAGACCGGCUUGCCAAAGGAUCAGAAUGUUACCAAAAGAGCCUUAGUUUAAAUCCUUUCCUCUGGUCCCCUUUUGAAUCACUAUGUGAAAUAGGUGAAAAGCCAGACCCUGACCAAACAUUUAAAUUAACAUCCUUACAGAACUUCAGCAGCUGUCUGCCCAACACUUGCACAACAGUGGUGUCUAAUCACAACAUAUCCCACAGACAGCCCGAGAGCGUCCUCAUGGAGACACCCCAGGACACAAUUGAGUUGAACAGAAUCAACCUAGAAUCCUCCAAUUCAAAGUAUUCCUCCUUGAAUUCGGAUUCUUCUAUGUCUUACAUUGACUCUGCUGUGAUUUCCUCGGAUUCUGUCCCCCUGGGGUCAGGAACUGCCAUAUUGUCCAAACAGGCUCAAAAUAAACCAAAAACUGGACGGAGUUUACUGGGGGGACCUGCAGCUUUGAGCCCACUAACUCCAAGCUUUGGAAUUUUGCCACUGGAAACCCCGAGCCCUGGAGAUGGAUCCUAUUUACAGAACUACACCAACUCCUCCUCUGUAAUUGAUGUGCCAUCCACCGGAGCACCUUCAAAGAAGAAACUCUGUGUUGUGCAGACUGUCAGCAGGAUCAGCCAGGCUGGAACAAAAUCUGUCUUCUCCCAGAGUGGGAAUAGCCGGGAAGUCACUCCAGUUCUUGUUGCACAAACACAGAGCUCUGGUCCACAGACAAGUACAACACCUCAGGUAUUGAGCCCAACCAUUGCUGCUCCACCCAACGCGCUGCCUCGACGAAGCUCUCGCCUGUUCACCAGUGAUAGUUCCACAACCAAGGAAAAUAGCAAAAAAUUAAAAAUGAAGUUUCCACCUAAGAUUCCGAACAGAAAAACAAAAAGUAAAACAAAUAAGGGAGGAAUAACUCAACCAAACUUAAAUGACAGUUUGGAAAUUACCAAACUGGACUCUUCCAUCAUUUCAGAAGGGAAAAUUUCCACUGUUGCACCACAAAUCCAAGCUUUCACGCUACAGAAGGCAGCAGCAGAAGGUUUGAUGAGCCUUCUCCGGGACAUGGGGAAAGGUUAUUUAGCCUUGUGCUCAUACAACUGCAAAGAAGCCAUCAAUAUUUUGAGCCAUUUGCCAUCCCACCACUACAACACAGGCUGGGUGCUGUGCCAAAUUGGGAGAGCUUACUUUGAGCUGGCAGAAUACAUGCAGGCUGAGCGAAUAUUUUCAGAAGUGAGGAGGAUUGAAAACUACAGAGUAGAAGGCAUGGAAAUCUAUUCAACCACACUCUGGCAUCUGCAGAAAGAUGUUGCCCUUUCAGUCCUUUCUAAGGAUUUGACAGACAUGGAUAAAAACUCACCAGAGGCCUGGUGUGCUGCAGGAAACUGCUUCAGCUUGCAGAGGGAGCACGACAUUGCCAUCAAGUUCUUCCAGAGGGCCAUCCAGGUGGAUCCAAACUACGCCUAUGCCUACACCCUGCUGGGCCACGAGUUUGUGUUGACAGAAGAGCUGGACAAGGCGUUGGCCUGUUUCAGGAAUGCCAUCAGAGUCAACCCCCGGCACUACAACGCCUGGUACGGGUUGGGAAUGAUUUAUUACAAACAGGAGAAGUUCAGUCUGGCAGAAAUGCAUUUCCAGAAAGCACUUGAUAUCAACCCUCAGAGCUCAGUCCUGCUGUGUCACAUUGGAGUAGUCCAACAUGCACUGAAAAAAUCUGAGAAGGCUUUGGACACCUUGAACAAAGCGAUCAACAUUGACCCCAAGAACCCACUAUGCAAAUUCCACAGAGCCUCGGUGUUAUUUGCAAACGAGAAGUACAAGUCGGCUUUACAAGAACUUGAAGAACUGAAACAGAUUGUUCCCAAAGAGUCUCUUGUUUACUUUUUAAUAGGAAAGGUUUAUAAAAAGCUGGGUCAGACGCAUCUGGCCCUAAUGAAUUUCUCCUGGGCAAUGGACCUGGACCCCAAAGGAGCCAACAACCAGAUCAAGGAGGCCAUAGACAAGCGCUACCUGCCCGAUGACGAGGAGCCCAUCACCCGCGAGGAGCAGAUCAGCGAGUGCUACCCCUACGAGUCAGUGGGCACAGACGAGUCCCAGGAGAGCAGCAUGACGGAUGCGGAUGACACGCAGCUCCACGCCGUGGAAAGCGAUGAAUUUUAACCUCCAAGAGCCAGUGUCUGAGCUUGAGUGUGUGUGACUGGUACUGUCGUGUCCUCCCCUUCCUUGGCAUCCUGGGUUCUACAUCUCUGAGCCAGCACUGUUGUUGUUCUCCAGUGACACCAUGAGUGCACCUCAGACCUGAGCUUAGCAGAGUUCAUGGCAGUGCAAUAGCCAGCUGCUGUUGAGUCUGACUAGUUGGCUCUUACACACUUAUGGCAGUGACUGAGGAGAAAAUGCUGGUUUUCAACUCCCCCUUGCUGGAAAAAAAUAUCAUGGAAGACAGACUUGUGGUUCGCUGUAUGGAAGCCAGUAGAUGUGGGGAUAAUACUAAUGAUGAGGUGUCUUGUUCUUUUUCCAGAAACGUGUCUUAGUUUGGGUCUUUCUUGGUAAGCAGAGUGCUGAACCUCAUUUCCAAGUUCUCCAAGGACAGUGUUGACAAACAGGCUGUUCAAGACUUUUGCAUAUUGUAGUGUAACUUAAAUGCCAGGGAGUGUCAAUGACCUUAAAGCUGCAGUGUCUCCAGUGAGCAACCAGGAUUGGGCGUGUGUCAGGCCACGUGAAACAGCCCUGUCCCUGCCCAGAGUGCAACUGCAGGAGACUCACAUUGCAGGAUCAGAGCUUUCAUCAAAUGCUUUCAUGUUCUAACCAUGAGUUAAUUUAUUCACCCGGUUUUGGAAAGGUCAGCAUUUACUUUGUAUUUCUGUCAGCACCACCUUGCUUCAUUUUUCAUGCACCCCUUGACUUGUUCUUCCCCUUUGAAGAAUAAAAGUUAAUAAAGGGAAAAAUCAAGAGAGAAAUGUAGAUACCAGUGUAAUGUGAAACAUCAAACCCUUAAUCCUGUGAGAGUGGGAAGACUGGAAGCCUUAAUGCAAUCAGAGCCUUGGUCAAAUGCAUCAAAUAAUUGUCUCAGAUCAGUAUCUCCAUAGGUCUGCUAUCACUUUGAAAACUAUUUUGUAAAGUGUGGUCCAAGCAAGAUGCAAAAAUGUGCAAUUGUUUGUCUUUUUCCUUAUUUUUUAAAGCUGUUCUUUCAGUUUCCCAUUCUAGGAACACUUUCCUUUCCUCCAGGGUCUGUUUCUGAGAGGCGAAAGCUGUGCCACAUGAGUGAGUCCAAACUGCUCUCUGUAGUAUUCUGCAGCAGCAAUUGGUGCCCUUUGUGCAGUGAUGAUAAAGAAAGUGUAUGAUACAAGCAGUUUUAAAGAGCAAUUUAUGCCUAAUAAAUUGGGAAUGAUAUGAAUUUCACAGCACCGUA